AUGGGUAUACUACAUCGUUUAUGGACUUCAUUACGGCAUAUUCACGGAGGAAGUGGCAGACAAGAUGUGGAGCGAAAGCGAGCGCAACAGUUACCAGAAAAAGCUGGAAUACAGGAUCAUCUUAGCUUCUAUUGGAGGGCUUACUUCGCCGUCCCUGCAGCUCUUGGAUCGUAUCAUCAACGCCGAUUCCUGGGAUGUAGCAUUCCGAAUCGCCCAGAGGUCCUAGUGGUGGUGGGAUUUUGGAUAAUGUGUAUUAUCCUCAACUUUGGGUUUCACGACAUCUUCAUUCCAAAUGCCACGAUGCCAACAAUAUCGCAGCAGGCAUGGAAGUAUGUUGCUCAACGGACUAGCAUGUUCGCAUAUGCCUGUUUUCCAUGGGUGUGGCUAUUCGCUGGAAGGAACAAUAUCUUUAUUUGGGCCACUGGUUGGAGCUUCAGUUCUUUCAAUGUCUUCCACCGACACCUGAGUCGUCUCACUGCCCUCUUCGCCUUUGUACAUGCGAUAUCAUAUACUGUCUUGGAUACGAUCUAUGGGCCUUAUUACGAGGAGGGACUGCAUGUUAUUUGGUUCAAGUUUGGUAUUAUUGGUGCCGUUACGAUGGGGCUACUCUGCGGUCUCUCCAUCCCCUACUUUCGUACUAAAUGCUAUGAGUUGUUUUUGGUUGGACACAUCUUAUUUGCAGUGAUCCUUCUUGUUGCGGUUUUUCAACAUACUUCUGUUUUCGGAACUAAAUAUAACGCCUAUCUCUGGCCAGUGGUUGCCAUAUGGUGCUUUGACCGGUUCUUGCGCAUCAUACGCCUCGCAUAUUGCAACAUCCGCGCCUCUACCCGUGGACGUGUACAAACAACCACAGCGACGGCAACGUAUAGCAAAGAUGCUGAUGUGAUCCGACUAGAUAUCCAAGCAGGGGGUUCAAUUAGGCCUUUACCAGGUCAUUACUUCCACCUAUAUCAAUUAUUCAGCUGGCGUGGUUGGGAAAACCAUCCUUUUACAGUCGGCGCCUGCACUGCACUAAGCACACCGUCACCAUUGACAUCCUCAUCUAAUGCACAACAAGCGCCCCACUCUAUGACUGGAGCCCUUAAUGAAAAGAAGCCGUUCACUUCAACUACCACAGAGAUAUUUACACAGGAAAUCCAGUCUUCUACCACUGCUCCUGCUCUUGGAAACCUUGUUUUCUGGAUUCGUCCUUAUAACGGUUGGACAAAGCGGCUGAAAGAUCAGUGUUUACGCUCAUCAUGCCCUGAUGAUAAUACUGAAAACGGAUAUUAUCAAGCCUCUAUCCCCAUAUCUUUGGAAGGCCCUUACGGUCAUACACUUCCGUUACAUCACUACGGCACCGUGCUCAUAAUUGUUGGGGGCACCGGCAUUGCAACAGCAGUACCUUACAUUCAUGACUACGUUUCCAGAUUGUCAAAGACAGGCUCUAGAAGGUCUGGCAAUGGCAGCACCCACACUUCCAACCUUACUCUGGUCUGGGCAUGCCGCGGCCAUGAAUUCAUGGAGCAGCUUUGUGGUAGGGAACUUGCCAGUGCACUAGAGCUAGAGGGAUUUACUGGGCGUUUCCACUGUACGAAAGGCUGUGGUAGCCACUGUGCUGCUGACGACAAAGAUGGAGAACUGCGUAUUGAGCGUGGACGCCCGAAUAUCGAGAAUGCUAUCUAUGGUGUCGCUACAAAAGCGCAGAUUGAGAGGCACAGAAUGGCGGUGCUUACAUGCGGGUCUGCCCACAUGUCGGAUGAGGCUAGACGCAGUGUGCAUAGUAUACUGAACAAGGGGUAUGGAGGAAUUGAGUAUUUUGAGGAAGCAUACUCAUGGUGA